AUGACGAAGUCCCUUAUUCGCUACACAUUUCUUAUGUUUCUCAUCAUCGUAGGUAUGGAAUCUCUCACGGCCCAAAUUUGUGGUGACGUCCAUUUUUUAGCGCCAUGUGAAAAAUAUACAUGUAUCCAUGUAUGUGAAAGAGUACAUGGAUAUAAUUCUCAUGGAAUAUGCAGAAAUGCAGUUACGUGUAAAUGUUUUUAUGACUGUUAUCCGAAGGAUGAGAAUAAUAGCAGCCGCAGAGACUCUCGUCUACUUUCUCACCCUAAUGGUGCCCCUCGCAAUUCUCCUACUAUUAAUUAA